CGCUCCCGGUCGGGCUGGGCAGCUCCGCGGCAGCAUGGGGCACCCGGCUGAGCCGCCCUGCCGCCCGCCGCUGCUCCUCCUUCUUCUCCUCACGAAUUUUGUGCCAUCCUUUGGAAAGGAGACAUUACGGACAACAGCAGUUACUGCACAGUUUGAAAAAAACAUGGAUUAUGUGGACUAUAUUAAUUUAAAUAUUUUAGAAAAGAAAGUUCUUAACAAUUCUGAGGUUUCAGUUCAGUAUUUAUGUUCCAAGCCUUGUAUCGUCAACUUGGAAGUAGUAGCUUCCUCCGAAUUCAGGACUGGUGUACCAGUGUAUAGAAGGAGAUGGAAGGAUGAGAAGAACCUUUAUGUUAGCAGAUCUCGGCAAAUACAUUUGAAGUUUCCAAGCAUCAUGGUUUACAGAGAUGAUUAUAUAAUCAGAAACUCAAUAAUAGUGCACAGUGUGAUAUUAUACGCAUGGAUCAGUCAUAAAUCAGCUAGCAGCUAUGGUGUUGAGCAGAAUGACGACUACCAGGAUGCAGUUGCCAAGAAUUAUGCUUUUUUAGAAGCAGUUCCACCUUUUGAACGCCCCUUUAAGGACCACAAAGUAUGUCUUCAGUGGGGUGCUGACUAUUUGUGGAUGCUCCAGGCAAACAGGAUACCUCAGUGCCCUCACGAAAGUGAUGGUAUCCAGAUUCUCAGCUUUAUAUAUGCUUCCAGUGGGGAGAAAACAGGAAUCGUGAAGAAAUUUGAACAGUUUGAAAACAGAGAACUUGAGACUGUCAGACAACAGCAGAUUGAUUUUCCCAUGUUCACCGUUUCAAUCUGGCUGUAUUUGCUGCAUCACUGUGAAAAGGAUCUGUGUGGUAUACUCUAUUUUAUUGAUCCGAAAGAAAUGUAUAGUACUCCUGCUGUAUUUCUAAAUGAGGAAGGUUAUGUGCAUAUUCAGAUGCACCUCAUGAGAGGAGAUGACCUUGCAGUGAAAACUAGCUUCAGCCUUCCUCUGAAGCAGUGGUUUCGACUGGAUCUCUCUUUUAAGGGUGGACAGAUAGAAGUAAGCAGUGUUGGGAAGAAUUUGAAAAGACAUCAUCAUCAGUCUUUUACUUUUAGGGAAGAUUUCUAUUACGAUGACACUGCUGGAUACUUUGUUCUUGGAGGCAGUGGAUAUGUAAACGGUAUUGAAGCGUUCUUUGGACCUGUGAAAUACUAUCGUCUUAAUGUCUUGGAAACAGAACAGAUUUCUAACCCCCUUCAUGACAAAGAAGCAGUGGAACAAAUUGAACUCUACUACGAGAGAUGUAUGGACAUUCAAGAAAUAGUUUAUGAGUACAGAUACAUUGUAAGACAAGGUGAAAAAGUGCAAAGAAAUUGCUUCUACGAAAACUAUUAUUUGAAGCUGAUACACAAAUAUGGAGAAAAAUCCAAAUGUGAUGCCUUCACGUGGGGAAAAGAGCUCAGGGAAAAAUACCAUACCUUGUUCAAACUGUUACAAGAGAUGGAUUUCAGUGCCCCAGAUGUGUUAGAAGAUGGAAAUGAUUCAGUUCUAGGAGUUGGCCAGAGGAUAUUUGAGAAGGUUGCAAAGGAUCUGUCCAGUGCCAAUGGCCUCAGCAAUACGGGCUCCUCUGUCCCUCUCUUGGUGGAUUCCAGUUGUUGUGGAUACCAUAAGGCUUCCUAUUUCCUUGCAGUUAUAUUUGAAACAGGACUUGGUGUGUCUGUGGAUCAUACAAAGGGACUGCUGUAUAGUUUGGUUGGUGCUCAGGGGAAUGAGAGACUUGCUGUGAUGAAUCUUGGCUAUAAACACUACCAAGGCAUUAAUAACUAUCCACUUGAUUUGGAGCUGUCGUAUGCUUAUUACAGUAAUAUCGCAAUAAUGACAUCAUUGGACCAACACACUAUAAAAGGAGAACAGGCGUUUGUUGAAACUAUAAGGCUGAUGGAUGAUGAACUACUAAAAGCUCAAACAAAAGAAAAUGGUGAUGUCUUUAUGUGGCUAAAACAUGAAGCAUCAAGAGGAAAUGCAGCUGCACAGCAACGAUUGGCUCAGAUGCUGUUUUGGGGCCAACAAGGAGUGGCAAAAAAUCCUGAAGCUGCAAUAGAAUGGUAUGCAAAGGGUGCAAUAGAAACAGAAGAUCCAGUGCUAAUAUAUGAUUAUGCCAUUGUGUUAUUUAAGGGCCAAGGUGUAAAAAAGAAUACAAAACUUGCUUUGGAAUUGAUGAAGAAAGCAGCAGCCAAGGGCUUGCCCCAGGCAGUGAAUGGAUUGGGAUGGUAUUACCACAAUUUUAAAAGAGACUACAGAAAAGCAGCUGAACACUGGUUAAUUGCUGAAGAACUAGGAAAUCCAGAUGCGUCAUACAACCUUGGUGUCCUUUAUUUAGAUGGAAUUUACCCUGGAGUACCUGGUAGAAAUCAAACAGUUGCUGCACGCUACUUCUAUAAGGCUGCCCAAGGAGGACAUAUAGAAGGGACUUUACGAUGCUCUCUGUACUACAUCACAGGAAACAUGGAAGACUUCCCUAGAGAUCCAGAAAAAGCUGUAAUCUGGGCAAAACACAUUGCAGAGAAGAAUGGCUACUUAGGUCAUGUAAUCAGAAAAGCUCUCAAUGCUUAUCUGGAGCUUUCAUGGCAUGAAGCUCUGCUCCAUUAUGUUUUAGCAGCUGAAACUGGGAUUGAAGUGUCACAGUCAAAUUUAGCACAUAUAUGUGAAGAAAGACCAGACCUAGCAAGGAAAUACCUGGCAACUGAUUGUGUCUGGAGAUACUACAAUUUCUCUGUUUCUCAAGUCAAUGCACCCUCAUUUGCUUAUUUAAAGAUGGGCGAUUUCUACUACUAUGGUUACCAGAACCAGUCUAGAGAUCUGGAGCUCUCCAUGCGGAUGUAUGCACAAGCUGCUUCAGAGGGAGAUUCACAGGGUUUCUUUAAUUUGGCCCUUGUCGUAGAAGAGGGUAACUCCAUACCUUCCUACAUUCUGGAUCACUUGGAAAUUGAUCAUGCAUUGCAUUCUAGUAAUACAUCACUUCUUCAGGAACUCUAUUACAGAUGCUGGAAUAAUAGUAACCAAGAAUCAAUUAGUCCAUGCUCAUUAGCAUUGCUUUACUUUUACAUGAGAGUUUUCUGGAACAAUAUUCUACAAUCUACUCUGAUCUACUUCAUGGGAACCUUUCUUUUGUCGAUUUUGGUUGCAUUUGCAGUUCAGUAUUUUCAGUCUUUAUCUGCCCAUAAUUCUCCUGGAACAAGAUCAGAACCAUUGUCAGAUGAACCAUCUUCCUCAGGGAACAGCAGUGAGGAUGCCACUGGACUAGUACAGCAAGAUGAAUCUACUUUAUCAAACAAUGUAGCACAGCAGGAGUCAGACCCUCAGAAUCCUGUUACAAGCUGAAGUGUUGUUUUCUUAAGGCUGACAUCCCAUUGGGAAGGUGGGAUACGAACAACUACACAUCUAAGAACCGGCAAUCAACCCUAGUAGUGGCAUUAGUAAUAAUUAGUGACAGUCCAACAGCCAAAAUUAUGGGGAAAUUCACUGAUCUAAACCAUCCCUAUAAUUGAUUUAACACUCCAAACAGGUUAUGCAGAUAAUUUCACUAUACCAAACAUGAUAAUUCUGUAUUUUAUUGAAAGGACUGGAAGAAAACAUGUAAAGUCUUUGCCUAAUUGAAAAAUGAGCAAACCUCCCACCAGUUUUGUUGAAAAAGUUUUACUCACACAUAUUAUUAAGUAGCCUUUACUGUGUUUGAGCUUAUUUUGCUGGUGAAAUUACUAGAGUUUUCCAUGGAAGCAUGGAAAUUUCAUAAAAGUGAAACCCAGUCAUCAACACUUUACAAGUUCCAUGGCACACCAGCCAGAACUUAGGCCAAUGCAGUGAUAACAAUUUUUUUUUUGGCAUUUUUGCCAUUUGGUUGGUGGUGGGGCUGCUAUCAGGCAAUGGAGACUGUGACCUUCCCCCACUACAGCCCCAAUGACAUCAUCAGAUACCUCCACAGCCAUGUCCUGGUGGGCACCUAGGCUCAAAACCUGGUCAAGGGCAAUAUGUUCAGCAACCCCAAGCUUGAAGUUUUACACAUGUACAUGAGAAUUCUGCAGAAGGUAUUUGGGAUCCACCUGGAGCAUUUCUACACAAUGCCAGGCAAUGCUGAUAUAAACCAGCUAUGGAGAAGCACCAACAGCUGGAGGCAGCAAAGCAGGGGGCAGUAGUGAAGCUGGAGAAACUGAACAUUGUUUCAGUUGAUCAUCAAGCAGAGGUCAAGCAACUGACAGAUAAUGUUCGAGAACUGGAGCAACUGCUAAGGCAGGACUAUCCUCAGAAGGAAACAGCUUUGCAAGAAGCGAUUUUGCAAAAGAAGUCAUAUUGCAGAGAAGACCCAAAAACCAAGGAAGCUUUAAGUGACAAUGGCUGCUUUGAAGGAAGAACACCACCCGAAAUAAAAAAUUGUGGAGAGUCCAGAGGAACUGAAAAAUUACAAAGAAAUUGUGCUUGACAAACUUUAUCACCUUCUACAGCAAGUAACUUGCUCAGUUGAUGCAGGGCAAGCGAUGGACAUUGUCUACCUGGACUUCAAGGCUUUUGAUACGGUCCCCCACAGCCUUCUGCUGGAGAUAUUUACUUGUUACAGCCUUGACAGGUGGUCUGUGUGGUGGGUCUGGAACUGGCUGACAGACCAUACCCAGAGAGUGAUAGUAAAUAGUUCCUUCUCAAACUGGCAACCAGUCACAGGUGGGUCCCCCAGGGAUCGAUUUUGGGCCAGUGCUGUUUAACAUCUUCAUAUGUGACCUAGAUAUUGGGAUCAAGAGCAUGCUGAUGAAGUUUGCUAAUGACACCAAGAUGAGCAGAGAGGUUGACACUCCAGAAGGGAGAGCCACCCUCCAGGAUGACCUAGACAGGUUGGAGGAAUGGGCUAGCAGGAACCUUAUGAAGUUAAAUGAGGAGAAGUAUCAAGUCUUGCACCUGAGAACACAUAACCCAGGAGCGCAGUUCAGACUGGGAUCCUUGUGGGUGGAGAGCAGCCCUGUGGAAAGGGCCUGUGGAUAACAGGCUCAACAUGAGUGAAAAAUGAGCUGCAGCAGCAAAUAAAGCCAACGGGAUGCUGGGCUGCAUCAACAAGGGCAUCACCAGCAGAGAUAAAGAAGUCAUCGUCCCGCUCUACUUGGCACUUGUCAGACCACACCUGGAGUAUUGCCUUCAGGUUUGGUCCCUGCACUACAUGAAGGACACAGGCUGUAGAGGGUCCAGAGAAGGGCCACAAGGAUGGUCAGAGGACUGGAGGACCUGCCAUAUGAGGAGAGGCUGAGAAGACUGGGUUUGUUCAGUCUUGAGAAAAGAAGGCUUAGGGUGAGACCUUACUACCCUGUUCCAGUACUUAAAGGGUGCCUACCAAGAAGAUGGAGACUCCCUACUGACAAGGAGUCAUUUGGAAAAGACAAGGGGUAAUGAGCACAAGUUGCUCCUGGAGAGACUGCGAUUGGACACAAGAGGUAAAUUUUUCACCAUGAGGACAGUCAAACACUGGAAUAGUCUCCCAAGGGAAGUGGUAGAUUCCCCCACAUGGGACAGUUUUAAGUCUCAGCUUGACAGGGUGCUGAGCCAUUGCAUAUACGCUUAUAGUAUUAACUAAAAAGAUUGGACCAGAUGAUCCUUGAGGUCCCUUCCAACCUGGCAUUCUAAGUUUCUGUGAUUUUAUAUUCCAUCCUAAAUCUUUGAUGCAAAAAAUUUUAAAAGAAACACACCAGGAAGAUUUGCAAUAUGAUCAUAACAUAGUACUUCUGUGGGCUAACCCUUGGUCAGAGUCUCACAAGUGUCAGCAGUUCCCAGGUGGACACAACACAACGUUUCCCACCGUGCCCAGAGCUGCUGAUUAGAGAAUGUAGCUUCCCAAAUUAAUAAGUAAAAUAACAUUGUAAGUGUGAACAGGUGACAUAAAGUGAAUGAACAAUUUCUUUUUUGAUUCUUCCAUGGAUAACAUUGGCAAGGAUUUACUUCAUGGUCUACAGUAACUCUUAAAAGACACCUAUUUAUGUGACAAUUUAUUUGGUAAGUGUCUGAUGCAAAUAUGGGUAACAAGUACAGAGUGCAAAUACCUUCUGAUUUCAAGCUGUCUGCUAAGCGGCUGUAGGAAAGGCCUGACCUUUAAAGCGGGUGUGCAUGCACCUCUGCAGUGAUGUAGAUCACAGACUAUAAAUUGCAUCAAUCUAUGCAUUACUGAGGGUUAAGUCCACUCUCCUUGCACUACAUUAUUUACUCUUGUAAAUAAAAAUAUUUUUCUAAUUCAA